GGAAGUCUUUGAAAAGGCGCCCAUGCACGUGGCUGUCAUGACAUACGUGGGCUUUGGCAUCGUCACCCUCUUUGGCUACUUCCGAGACUUUCUCAGAGCUGUGGGCUUAGAGAAGCGCAAUCUCGCACAGGAACGAGAAGAACAGAAGGGGUGAGACAGACAACUUGGAGAAUCUGCUUUAAUACCUAAUUAAAUCUCAAAAGAAGUCAAGAUACCACUGUGUCUGGACGUGAAGCACUGCCAUACACUGUAUUGCAAUCGAGUUAAGUCAAACGCAUGCUUGGAUUUGGGAAAGUGUUAUGAUGUACAAAUGUAAAAGCGCUAAUUCCCUACAAAAGCUAUCUUACUAAAUCUGCUGGUUUGUUUGAGGAAAACGGAGUGUGAACAAACAUAAUAUAUAGAUGUAAGAACCUUGGUAAGAAAAAGGGGGAAAAAAACUCACUCUAAGGAGGAAAAAAAAAUGAACAAUGUAGAAAUUACAUGUCUGAUUGCUUUUACUGAAGAUAAUAGACAGAAUAAAAUAUAUUUUUUCAUGGGCUAUAAUUCAUUUGAAUCACAUGCUCACAAAUACUGUCUUUUGCCAUCACCUGCCGUCACCAUCUGUCUAUCUUCAGGAUUUUGUACCACUUUAUCAAGACUUUGAGAACUUCUACACUCGCAACUUGUACAUGAGAGUACGAGACAACUGGAACCGGCCAUUAUGCAGCCUUCCGGGACCUGUCAUUGACCUAAUGGAGAGAGUUUCUGAUGACUACAACUGGACGUUCAGAUUAACUGGCAGGACAAUACACAAUGUCAUCAACAUGGGCUCCUACAACUACCUUGGCUUUGCAGAGAACAAUGCCGAUCACCUUGAAACAGUGGCAGACAAAAUGCGGCAGUAUGGUGUUGGCGUUUGUAGCACACGGCAGGAAACAGGCACUCUGGACAUUCAUGUAGAGCUUGAGAAUCUAGUGGCUGAUUUCCUUGGAGUGGAAUCCUCCAUGGUUUUUGGAAUGGGUUUUGCCACCAACUCCAUGAACAUUCCUGCACUUGUUGGAAAGGGCUGUUUGAUCCUGAGUGAUGAGCUCAACCACACCUCUCUCAUUUUAGGAGCUCGAUUAUCAAGAGCGACCAUAAAGGUGUUCAAACACAACGACAUGGCCCAUUUGGAGAAAGAGUUAAGAGACUCAAUCUGCUCUGGCCAGCCUCGGACACACAGGCCCUGGAAGAAAAUCAUGAUUAUGGUGGAAGGCAUCUAUAGCAUGGAGGGCUCAGUGGUACGACUCCCUGAACUGAUCGCUUUGAAGAAGAAAUACAAGGCUUAUCUGUACCUGGAUGAGGCCCACAGCAUCGGGGCAGUUGGGUCACGAGGCAGGGGUGUGACAGAGCUGUUUGGAGUGAACCCAGCAGAUGUGGAUGUGAUGAUGGGCACCUUCACCAAGAGCUUUGGUGCUGCUGGAGGCUAUAUUGCGGGCAAAAAAGAGUUGAUCGACUACCUGCGUAGCCGGUCCCACAGUGCCAUGUACACCUCGGGCAUGUCUCCUCCUAUCGCUGAGCAGAUCAUACGGGCAAUCAAGUGCAUCACGGGACAAGAUGGCAGUACAGAGGGUAUCAGGCGCAUCCGACAAUUGGCUCAGAACACCAGAUACUUCCGAACAAGGGUGAAGAAAAUGGGUUUCAUCAUCUACGGCAACGACGAUUCCCCCGUGGUCCCAAUACUACUCUACAUGCCGGGAAAAGUGGUAGCUUUCGCUCGGGAAAUGCUUGAAAGGAAAAUUGCUGUGGUCGUGGUCGGCUUCCCCGCCACACCAAUAACCGAAGCCCGCGCUCGCUUCUGUAUAUCUGCUGCCCACACCCAAGACAUGCUUGACGAGGUGCUACACCACCUGGACGAGGUCGGAGACGCGCUAGGUCUGAAGUUCUCUCGACGGAAAUAAUCCUGCUUGUUUGACAUCUGUAACGACACUCGUCACUCUUGACAUCUUGACUUGACUGUCAAAACACGUCUCCACAAAGAAACAGAACACAAAGGAACCUAUUUUCAUGAACGGCAUAAAUCAGGCAUACAGUGUAACUCUGCAUCGGAGACUGGUCUACUAGUAGUGUUGGUCAUUUCACGGCCGGUGGAUCUGGAAGAGGAUAACUUUUGCCGCUGCGUUAAAUCUUGGCCUAUCAAAUAGACUCGUCUGAUUCUCUUCAAAUGUGGCACACUACAGUGAUGGUCUUGACAUGAACGGUUUGACUGGUAAAUAUGUAGCAGACCUUGCAUUGGCACAAAUAAACCACUCGCCAGGAGCACUGUCCACGAAAAUAAAGCCCACACUGUUUAGACUUCAGAAGUGCCCAGUAAAAACUUGCAGGAUUUUUUGAUCAGCAAAUUAUGUUGAGUGUCUGACCAUCUUGCACUUGGAAUUGCCUUAAAUCUCCCUGGAUUCUCUCCAGUUUAUGCUAUGUACCAAAUAUACCGAAUUUGAUGGGCAUCUUUCUUGAGCCAUUGACAUUACAUUGUCAAAGUGAGCAAGCAGCACUCAAGCGUGAACAAUAAUUUAGGGGGUGGCAGUAUAACCAAAAUGUAUACAUUUUUUAACAUGAAACUGACAAAAAUUUCUAGAUUGAUGGCAGCAAAACUGGUUAAAUGAAUAGUAGGUGUAUUCAUUUGAAAUCAUCAGUCACAACAGACGGUACACUUGUACGGUGCCAUUCAAAACAGAUUGAUGAUGCUCACAGCUGGUUACACUAAAAGCUCAUUGGUUCCAAGCAAAUACUUUUAAUUACCCUGUAAAGGUAAAUGGGAAAAAACAACAAAAGAAAUUAUUUAAAUGAUUAAAUAUUGACAAAUUGAAGUUACAGCACCAGCACAUCAAAAAGUACUGUAUAGGCAGAGGUGUUUGUCCACUUGAUCACUACGACAACAAGUGAAAAUGUCCUUGUUGGGUGAAUAGAAUUAUAGUUCGCACACGACUAGCGUGCGUGGAGUGCAGACAGCUGUGUCGAUUCAAAUACAAGUGUAUGUGUUGCGUGAGAGAUGUAAGAAAGGGUCCAGACUUGUAUAGUGCCACCCACGUUCUGUUGCAAGAGGGCCAAAUCUUGGCAAAAUGUGUUUCUGUGUGCAUGAAAUUUUUUUUUAAUACCAAGAUGUUUCAACAAACUUUCAACCAAAUCUGAAGUUUGUCAAAUGUUGUUUAAUAAAUUAAGGCCUUUAUAUGUUCUGGAUCAAUGUAUGGAUUAUAAUUUUUGGGGGGUCUUUUGUAUUAAAUCAUGUUGCCUAAUAUAUUCACUUUUUGUAAUGUGUUAUGCAGAAUUUUCCGGCGACAUUUUUACACAGCUGCAAGAUUAGAUCCUAUGCACCAGAUUAAAACAUACUGUCCUUGUAACAAGUCAUUUCAUUCCAGAAAUUAUAGAAAUGUCACUAAGAACUGUCAUUCAGGGUAAAUGAUAACCUCUGUGUAGAUAAUCGGUCAUUUAGCCAUUACAUCUUUGACGUGUGAUUA